CGAACCGUGCGCCACGCGAUAGUCCGCUGUCCGUCCGUCGUCUGCGCGUGUGUUGUGUGUGCGUUGGAGAAGGAGUCAGCGGCGGGCAAGAAGUGGACAAAUUUUGCACUUCAACGAAAACCGAACCGAACGAAUUAAGAAAUUGGCGCCAAUCCGCACUCCGCACUCCGGGCUCUACCGUUAGCGACGGAUUUUGACGGAUUUUGCAAGCUUCCGGUGGAGAUUUGUUAACUGCCAACACCACGCGACACCGCGAAAAUGGCGGCGACAAACAUCAGCGAAAGCAUCCCGUUCUACGACGUGUUCGGGUACUACGAGUGGACCCUGACGCUGGCGGACCCGCGGACGAAGGGCUGGCCGAUGGUGGAUUCCGUCGUGCCGACGCUCACCUGCGUGUGCAUAUACCUGUUCCUCGUCUGGAUUGGCCCCAGAAUCAUGCGUGACCGGAAACCGUUCGACCUCACCUCAUUUCUGAUACCCUACAACCUGGCCAUGGCCCUGCUGAAUCUGUACAUCUGCCUGCAGCUCUUCGUGGGCUCGACCAUGCGACGGUACAGCUACAUCUGCGAACCGUGCCGGCAAAGCUUCGAUCCGGCGGAACUGCGCAUCGUCGACGCCGUCUGGUGGUACUACUUCUCCAAGGUGCUCGAAUUCUCCGACACGUUCUUCUUCAUCCUGCGCAAGAAGGACAAUCAGCUGACGUUCCUGCACGUGUACCAUCACAGCACCAUGUUUUCGUUCUGGUGGAUCGGCAUCAAGUGGGUGCCCAGCGGAAGCACGUUCCUUCCGGCGAUGGUCAACUCGUUCAUCCACGUGCUAAUGUACGCGUACUACGGUCUUUCCGCGGUCGGACCGCACAUGAACAAGUACCUGUGGUGGAAGAAGUAUCUCACGAUCCUGCAGCUGAUUCAGUUCACCGUCGCCAUGAUUCUCGGAAUCAACGGAAUCGUUACGGGGUGUGAGUUCCCGCUCUGGAUGCACUACACGCUGAUCGGUUACAUGAUCUCUUUCAUCGUGCUUUUUGGCAACUUCUACGCCCAAGCAUACCUGCAGGGCAAACCAAUCCGGCAGUUCGAAAUCAACUGCAUCAACAUGGGCGCCAUCAAAGAGCCGAAGGAGAAAUGCAACUAACAGUCAACGGCAGGGGACGACCCUCGAGGGGUCCUUCGUCUUCCCACCACCAAAUGCUCCCGAGUCUCUACUAGGCACACUCCAUCAGCUUCCAUCUUCUUUUUCGCCUCUAUCGAUUCUUUUUGUACAUUAAUGUUUCCGAUUGUCCCGUGCCAGGGCGCACGGUUGCGUUUUCUCUCGCGUUCCGUUUGGUAGGAAAUUGAUUAGGGAUUGCUUCCGGCACGGUGGGCUUGUUUGUAUGUAAGAUGGCGACGAGAGCGGCAGCGAAUUCAAUAAAAUAAUUUUAUGU